GUCCACCGCGAAUGCGCGGGCGAGGAAGUCGGGGAAUGCGAGGGCUGAGGAGUCUUUGGCCAGUUCUGGCGCUUCCCGUGGAAUCGAGUCAUCCACCCAAUGAGGUAGAUGAGCUUGUGGCGGAGCUGGCUGAGGCAGAAGAACUCCAGAAGAGUAUGGCUCAGCUGCUCACAGCAGUCGGGGGCGCGGUGGAAGUUGAGGAAGCAGAUGAGGAAGUGCAAGCAGUGGAGCCUGAAGCGGCCAAGGGCCCCAAGGGCAAAGAACCCGUGGUGUUGCUGGAGCCUGACGAUGUCCCCGUGGAAGUGGCGGAGGAGAUCCUCCCUGAAGAUGUCCAGGCAGAGGUCGCAGAGGUUCAACACGAAGAGGCCGAGGAAGCACCAGACAUCCCAGAACCCGAUUUGGAGGCACCAGGUGUUGAAGCCUGUGAGCCAUCCCAGGUUCAAGGAUCCCAGGCGGAAGCCUGUGAUCCUUCCCAGCUUCCACCAGAAGAGGAAGCCGGUGAUCCCUCGGAGCUCCAGGCAGAACCCGCAGAGCCAAACUCUCCGCAAGCAAGUGAGGAAGGCCACCACCUGCAUUUCUGGGGCUCCGAGUCCGAG